AUGCACUCCGCUCUGCGGUCUCCGGUUCCCUCGCGCAGCCUCCUCCGAUUCCUGCGCUCACAGUCCAAGAGAGCCUUCGUCAGCUGCAGCCAUGGUGCUACCUCGGACGCGAUAGCCGUCCCGGCGCUCUGUCGAAAAAUGCGAGGGUCGAACCCGCCGGCGAAGAAGCUGUCGAAAUCCAUUGCCACGACCUGCGGCCGCCGAACUGCGACCCUCGAGGCCUCCUUUCUCAACCUGGAGCCGCUGCUGCGACAACUGCGAACAAGAGACCAGGUUGGGGCUUUCAAGUGCUCCUUCAGCACAACCCCGGGCGCGCGGAAGUGGUUCAAGUGGGACGAUACCGACGAAGGGGCGCCAACAUGGCAAGAACGGCUUUGGGGGAGCUCGGCAAGGAAGGGUGCGAAGCCUUUGAAGCCCGACGAUCUCCCCAGCCACGACGAAUUUGGCGGCGGCUCGACCAUGUUCAGCAGCCGUCGGUCAUUGGCGGCCAAGGCUGCGUCCGAGCCGCGGCUACGAUGUACUGAAGUCGACGAGCACGGAAAGGUAAUCUUGGUGGACGGCGAGUUCAAGAAGACGGAGCUCAUUGCCAAGUACGGUCUGUUACCUCGAGACUUGCGGAAAAUUGACUCGUCAAACCUCCCUCACAUUCUUGUCCGUCCUUCGGCGAUUCUCUUGAACCUGCUCCAUCUCAAGGUCCUCAUCAAACAUGACCGUGUACUCCUCUUUGAUGUCUAUGGGUCCAAGACGUCCUACCCCCAGUCUGCUUUCAUGUAUGACCUGCAAGGCAAACUCCAACAGAAGAACACGCCAAACUCCCAAAACACCGGAUCACUCCCAUACGAAUUUCGCGCCCUCGAAGCUGUGUUGACCUCGGUGACGUCGGAGCUCGAAGCCGACUUCGAGGCGGUUCGUGAGCCUGUGAUGCAUAUUCUCAGCGAGCUGGAAGACGACAUCGAUCGGCAGAAGUUGCGCAUGCUACUUAUUCUAUCGAAGAGGGUGAGCACCUUUGAGCAGAAGGUCAAGCUGGUGCGAGACGCCAUUGAGGAACUGCUCGAGGCAGACGAUGAUCUGGCGGCCAUGUACCUGACGGAGAAGGCGCACGAUCUAUACAGAGGGAUGGACGACCAUACCGAGGUGGAGAUGCUGCUCGAGUCGUACCACAAACUUACCGACGAAAUUGUCCAAGAGGCAGGAAACCUGGUGUCCGGGAUCCGCAACACCGAAGACAUCGCGCGCGCCAUCCUGGAUGCAAACCGCAACGCCCUCAUGCUUCUGGACCUGAAAUUCAGUGUUGGAACACUGGGACUCGCUAUGGGCACAUUCAUCGCAGGCCUUUACGGGAUGAACCUGGAGAACUUUAUCGAAGAAACCAACUGGGGCUUCGGUGGUGUCACCGGCGCCUCCAUUGUCUUCUCACUUUUCGUGUGCUGGUACGGCCUCACUAAGCUGAGGCGGGUGCAGCGUAUCAAGAUGAUGAGCGACGAGAGGCCUCAUCUUCCGCGCGGGCAGCCGUACGGACCGGACGACCGAACGGCACUUGGGCUGCUCGACUCUAGGAACCGCGAGAUGCUCCGGCGCGUCAACAUGCAGAAGGUGACCAAGAGGCGAUGGUUGUAG